GCGAUGAACGUCUUUGGUGCAGUGAGAGAACGUACUUAGAACAAAAUACACAACUAAAUCAAGCCUAAACUUAGACUUUAGCAAUUACAAAUAGAAGAAGAAAAGCCAAAAAGUAGUCUACAUUUCCUCUAUUUAAUAUUUAAAUAACAAACAACAACAAAAAUGCAUAUUUUAUGGUUCUUAACCAUGGCCCUGCUGGCCCUAUGGCAUUUACAACUCUCAACAUGUGAUGACAUUACCCUAACCCAAUCGACACAAACAAACUCUGGAGGCUUACAGCAGCAGCAGCAACAACAACACAACCCAAAUGGACCGGGUGUUAUGGGUUCGAAUACUCUGACAUCUGGACAAAAUAUAGGAGGCCUAGUUAAUAACCAUCAGCAGCAGCAACAACAACAACAGCUAACGAACACAAAUCUCAAUCAACUGGCUGGCAAUAGCUCUCUGCUGAAUUCCCUGAUGAAUGCGAAUGCAAAUGGUAAUGUCCUAUCUCCGGCCCUAAGCGGCGUCUUGAGUUCCCUGGGCAGCAGUGGUGGUGUUGGUGGUAUCAUUGGCCAUUCGGGAGGUGGUUCUAUGAGUUCUCACGGUGGUGGAGGUGGCACCAUGGGUAUGGGAGGUGGUGGCGGCGGAGGCGGUCAUCAUGGUCAUGCCCUGGCCGGUUUAGCGAAUUUGGGUAUCAUAGUGCCCGGUCAUCGUACGGGAAUCACCAAUGUCGAUACGGGAGGACGUUAUAAUCCACCCUAUUUGGGCAUGGGCAAUAUGGAUGGAAAUAGUAUGCAGCAAGGCGGUGGCAGCAGUAGUCUUGGCGGUUCACAAUACUAG